CUCUCCCUGAGCCGGGCUCUAUCCACUCCUCCUCGCACACAGCAAGCGGUGGCGACCACCAGGCAAACUCAAAUGGAGGAUAUGGUGUCUCCCGUGUUUGGGUCAGCGGGCCCUGCGCUGACGAAAGGAGUCGAUCUAGACGAAGUAUUCUCAGACUGCUACUUCGCGUUUGGAGGGGCGGAGGGGGGCACCUCGCUGGCGGCCGCGCCCGGGGAAUCCUCGAACGAAAGCGCCGGCGAGGCGCUUGACGUGGAAGGGCCAGGCAGCGGGGAGGGUAGUCUUGGGUUGGAGGCGAUGGCGGCACGAGCUCAACAAGCAGGAACCGCAGCAGCGGCAGCAGCUCCAGCAGCACCAGCAGCAGCACUAACACCACCAGGAGCGGCGGCGGCAGCAGCAGCAGCAGCACCUAGCGGGGCGGCAGGUGCGAGCGCGGCGGGGCAGAAGCCUAGCCGCGGGAUCGGGAUUGGUAUUGGUGUGGCCGCUGGAGCAGCAAGCGCCCACCGUGGCAUGAAGCGGGAGCUGAGCGACUCGAAUCUUGCCGGAGCGGCAGACUGGGGCGGUCGGAACGACAUGGGCUGGGGCGGGAUGGGAGGCGAUCCGCGCCGGUCGAUGUCUGAGCAGCAGAAGCUGGAGAGGAGGGAGCGGAACCGUGAGCACGCGAAGCGAUCGCGGAUUCGCAAGAAGUUUAUGCUGGAGUGUCUGCAGGAGCAGCUCCUCGCCAUGCGGAAGCAGAACUUGGCCCUCAGACAGGUGGUGAAGGAGCACAUGCCUGACGAGGCAGCUACGGUGUUCGAGAAGUGCAUCAACGAGAAGGCUCUCGUGCUCUCCGGGAAGAGCACGGAAUCGGCACAGCCUAUUCUCUCAGACGACGAGGAAGAGACGAAGGAGCCGAACUGCCUCUUGCUGGAGCCGGACUUCCAGCUGAUGCAGGCUCUCAUGACGAGCCAACAGAACUUCACCAUCUCGGACCCUAGCAUGCCGGACAACCCGAUCGGCUUCCUCACGCUGACGGGCUACACGAUCCAGAAUGUCAUUGGACGGAACUGCCGCUUCUUGCAGGGGCCGGGAACAGACCCAAGGGCAAUCGAUAUCAUCCGAAGGGGUGUGGCGGAGGGAAGAGAUACGAGCGUGUGCUUGAUGAACUACAAGGCCGACGGUACCCCGUUCUGGAACCAGUUCUUUGUGGCGGCUUUGCGGGACGACACCGGAAAGAUCGUGAACUUCGUGGGGGUACAGGGGGAGGUACACGAGGAGUCACAAGAUCGCGAUUUCCGCGAACGAUUGCGCAAGAUUCCUCUGCCGGACGAGCUCAUGAGGGACGACAACGACGAUGCGGGGGAUGAGAUGUAACGGACGGUGCCGGUAUAGGCGAGACUUUGGUACUGGAAUGGAGAGAACAGGCUGUGUACAAGCAAAGCAGCGGCCCGUGUUGGCUCGUGGCUCUCGGCAAGGCACAUGUCCUCUCUUACCCUAGCGGGUUCCGAUGGCCUUCUUCGUUGUCGUUGCCCCAAACCAAUGGUGGCGUGACUUUGUGCGUGGUGGCACGACAUCGGAUAUCCUCUGCUGUUGCUAUGCGAAGGCUGGGCUUAAUCGGUCGUUAUCAAUGCCGUUGAUGGUUUGGUUUUGUCGUCAUGCGCAGCACGAUUUUAAUGGGGUGUCUUGAGCCCAACGAUUACCAGGUACUAUAAUUGAGUAUUUUCCUUCAGUUGGAACAGGAAAUUUUUCCAGCAGUGUUUGUGUGUACUUAAUUAACAGGAGUGUAGCUCGAGUGUUCUGGCAGUUGCAUUGUUUUAAGUGUAUGGUCUCCAACCUGCUCAUGGAACGGUUGUGCUACCUGAUGGUUGAGUGUGGCCUGUUGACGCCACGCCGAAGCCCAAGUUCACUAUUGCUCUAAAGUGAGUUUUUCCCAGGCUGUGAUCUGAGCUAGGAGUUUCCUGAAUAGUUACUGCUUACCUCUUUCGAACUACUGGGGAUAUAUUCUGCUCCGUGUUUUUAUGAUGCGCACCAUAUUGGUGUAAGGGAUUAGGUCUGACAUGGGAUUGCCAUGUUGUCAUAUCCUACGACAGGCCAGAUAGAUCUAGUAAGAAAGUUGAACGGGUCGAAACAAGUGGCAACUCGGAAUACCAGUCAUCAUUACUUGUAACGGAUUUCAGCGCUUCGUUUUGGCAGUUCUCUUUGCUGACCACCCACCCAUGCUGUUCAUGAACAACAAGCACCCGUCUGACCGGGCUUAAUCCGUUUUUUUAUUUUUCGAGUUCAUUGACGAUUUUCUGAGUCAUGUUGCCUUUUUUUGCUGUAAGAAGCGUGUCCUUUGGGGUAGGUAGGUGGCCGUUGACUGCGGAAGGUGUCCGAAACAGCCGGAGUGAAACGAAUGGAUGUCAUAAGGUACUGAGCCGAGACCGAAAGGUUUUCAAUGUGAAAACAACAAUAACAACCCCCCCGCUCACCUGUUUGAGACAGGCUGCCACCGGCUCACCGUAUGGCCGAACACCGGGUGCGUGUCCUGCGGGGAGGUGGAGACGGGGGAGGUUGCCGAUGGUGGGGUGUGUGGGCCAGUGUGGGCUACGCUACUUGUACACUAUUUGAAAGGAGACAACCGAAGCUACAGCAGUAGUGACACUGAAACAAACACAGAAUGUGCCAACCAAACAAUUCCCAGGUGUGGUUCUACCUUCCUCGCUUCCGUUGGUUUCUAUGCGCGUCUCGGCCGAAACUCGCCAAUUCGUCUGCGCCACAACAUAAUGCAUACACUGGUGUGUACCGCUUUUGCUGCUGUAUAGGACCACAGCAGCACCAAGGCUGAUGUGUGCCUCAGAAUGCACAUCGUGCGAAACCGCUGUCCCGUUGUUGACGUGACGACGUGAUGACACAUGAGUUUGGUAUCCACGAUAAUAUCUCUAUAGACUAUAGCCUAUCUCCGUUCAUGAUGAUCAUUUGUUGUUAUGUUGUUUUGUUUUUCUUCACAAUAAACUCGUGUCAGUUGCUAAUCCCAAAAUCUAGCAAAGGCUCGGUCCGUGGUCACAAAAAUGCUAGAGCCAUCAGAGGAUCUGAAGAACACACACACUAUUAGCAAGGAAAGGGUACGCAAGCCCGAGGAGGUAUACCUGCAAUCCCUCCUGCAGCACGUUUGCUUGCUCACAACUGAACUACACGCCCA